AUGAAAGACGAGACAGAAGGUGUACCCAUCAAGGAGUUUGUCACAGGUGGUCCAAAAAAUUACACUUAUAAGUUACAAAACGGAAAACCUGAAUGCAAAAUACGCGGCUUCACUUUAGAUGAACACGGCAGUGGCAUACUCAAUUUCGACUCAAUGAAACAUCACAUCUUAACAGAAAUAUAUGACCCACAAGAUAAAAGGAGAACGAUGGAUGUACCUUAACUUAACUUUAACUUAACGAAAAAAGAAAACAUUAACAUUAGCAUUAACUUAA